AUGUCUUCAGAAAUACCCAUCAUUGACUCCCAUAUCCAUCUGUACCCAGAGUCGGAGCUGGAGACGCUGGCAUGGUGCACGCCCGAUAGCCCCCUGGCCAAGCAGCACUCCCUGGAAGAGUACAAGGCUGCCAUCGCGUCAUCGCCGGCACCAGUCAAGGGCUUCAUCUUCCUGGAGACGGACCGCAAGGUCGACCUCGAGGCUGGCGCCAAGGAUGGCAGCGGCUGGAAGUACCCUCUGAUGGAGGUGGAAUGGGUCAAGCGCAUUGCCCUGGGCCAGCCGCGGGACGGCGAGGGCCACAGCAAAGACGACGCCGGCCUGUGCGCGGCGUAUAUCCCAUGGGCGCCGCUGCCGAGCGGGGCUCAGGCCAUGGAGAAGUAUAUCGACCUGGUGCAAGAAGCCGCCGGCGACAGCUGGAGCAAAGUCAGAGGCUUCCGAUAUCUACUCCAGGACAAGCCGGACAAGACAUGCCUGACCGACGACUUUAUCGAGAGCUUGAAGCUCCUGGGCCGCAAGGGUCUCGUCUUUGACGUUGGUGUCAACCAGCAUGACCGCGGCCGCAUUCAGCUCGAGGAGACCGUCGAGAUGAUUGACCGAGCCCACGAAGGCGUGCCCGAAGAUGAAAAGGUCAAGUUUAUCUUGAAUCACAUGUGCAAGCCAGACCUCACAGUCUACAAUAUCCUUACGGACACUUCAUACAUUGCCUGGCGGACGGCCAUGUUCACACUCGGUAAGAGCCCGAAGACGUACAUGAAGCUAUCGGGCGGGUUCCCGGAGAUGACCGAAUCCAUGCGACAGCGGUCGCCCGAGGAAAUCUUUGAGGCACUCAGCCCAUGGCUCAGUGUUGUCCUGGCCGCCUUUGGCCCCUCGCGCAUCAUGUUUGCAAGCGACUGGCCCGUGUGCACCGUGGGUGUAGGCUCUGAUGCCUGGUCCAAGUGGCAGAAGCUUGUUGAGAGGCUCUGCUGGAUGGCAUCUCUCGAAGAUGAGGACAAGAAGAUGAUUUGGGGAGGCACGGCUGUCGAGGCUUACGGUCUCAAGUUGUGA